AUGGAUAGAUAUUAUGUUACGGUCGAGUAUUUACUGAGUAUCAACUUUUCAAGUUUACCUCUUGAGAAAAAGGUUGAAAUAAAAAAUGAUGGUGCAUUCGAACUUGCUCUUCGAGGGCAUAAUGAGAAGUUAGAUUCUGAAAAUCCAGGAAUAUUUCGCGGUCUUAUUAAUUUUAGUUCAGAAUUGGACAAAACUUUAAAAUUACACAUCGAAAAAUCUACAGUAUUUAAAGGCCUUUCUAAAAUAAUUCAAAAUGAAAUGAUGGAAUGUAUGCUAUUUGUUAUUCAACAAAAUAUAAAAAAUGAAAUAAAACACGCAGAUUUCUUUUCUAUUAUAUCUGACAAAACAACAGAUGUAUCAGCACAAUUUCAAAUGUCCAUAAUAUUUCGUUAUAUUUUAUCCGAUGGUACGCCGGUAGAGAUAUAUUGGGGUUUUUUUAAUCCAUCUGGACAUGAUGCAAAGUCGCUAUCAAAGUGCAUAAAAUAUAACUUAAAAGAAGUAAUAGAAAAUCACGACAAAUUAAUCUCGCAAAGUUAUGACGGAGCUGCUGCGAUGAGUGGUCGACUUUCCGGCGUUCAAAAACUCAUAAGAGAUGAAUAUACAAAUGCACAUUUUGUUCAUUGUUAUGUCCACCAGUUAAAUUUAAUAUUAAGUCAAGCUACAGCCCAAAAUCGUGAUGUAAGAAUUUUUUUUUCCAACUUGACAUAUGUAACUAAUUUUUUUUUCCAAUUCUCCGCAAAGAUUUGCUGUUUUGGAUAAAGUUGUUAACCAUAGAAUCCCACGAUCAGCGAAUUCUAGAUGGAACUUCNCGUGAGUUAUUAAUAGAAUGUAUGGAAGAGAUCGAAAAUACAUUUAAUCAAAAUAUUGCAAUUAACCAGGCGUGCGCUAUAUGUAGAAUGUUAAUUGAUGACAAAUUCAUAUUUUGGUUAAAUGUUUUUCAUUGUUUAAUGCCACAUAUAGAUAUAUUAUACAACCAGUUACAAAAACGGAAAAUUGACUCUAUCGAGGUGAAAAAUGUCAUUUCUAGAUUUGAAGAAAAUAUACAAAAAGAAAGACGAAAUUUCGAUAAUUUUCAAAAUGAAAUGCCAGGUGAAGAAACUCAAUGUAGAAAAAUAAGAAAACAUGAUGAUGAUACACUACUUUCUAGAAUUUGUGUUGCAAAAGAAGUCUGUGAUAUUCUUAUGGUCUGCGUUAAAGAUAGGUUCGAAUAUAAAGCUCAUUUAAACGCGUCUCAAUUAUUUAUGUCCUCUGAAUUUUCUUUGUAUGAAAAAAAUUUUCCGCAAAAAUACGUUGACGAUACAAUUAAAGCUUACCCUUUUUUAAACAAAAGUAAGCUACAAACUGAAUUGGAACUUAUAUAUUAACGAACAGAUUUUCGUAGCGUAACAGGUGCUGUUAAUUUACUACAAUUUAUUAUUGAUAACAACGUGGAACAAAUAUUUUCAGAAACAUUUAAACUUAUUCGUAUCAUAGCAACAAUACCUAUGACAACAGCAGAAGCGGAAAGAUCGUUUUCGACAUUAAAGAGGAUAAAAACAUUUCUUCGAAAUACUACGGCAGAAAAGCGAUUAACUGCAUUAGCGAUGUUAUCCAUUGAAAAGAAAAUGGUGAAUCAAAUACCAAAUUUCAAUGAAGAAGUCAUAAAAGUAUUUAUAAAGAAAAAAGACAGAAGAAUUGAUUUAGAAUUUAAAAAUAUUAGUGAUUAA